AUAUGCAUGCUUGGAUGAUAAUUUAUAUGAUCGUAUAAUUAUGAUUUAAGUGUGUAUGACGCAUAGGUCAUAGACUAUAGAGUAUUGACCACAGGGCACGAAAUAAUCAGAAAGGACUCUUUGAGCACUCAAAACUGUUCUAUUUUUUGGAAUAUCCGUGUAUCCACUAAUUUAUCAAAAAUGUAAAAUUAUUUUUGUCUAGUAACACUGAUUUUCCAAUGCUUGCAUACAAACUUUUUUAAUGAUCUGCAAAAUUUUUGGAAAACAGACUCGCUAGAAAAAUAUAAUAAUGGGAAAUGUCUUUUUACCGCUAACACUGAUAUUCAAACAGGUAUUGCAAAUCUGUACUCCAUAAGAACCCGCGUUAAACUCAAAAAGUGUCCCAUUUGGUUAUUCUGUGGUAUGACGCCAUGACGCUUAGGAAAGUCUGAUAAGGGGCUAAAGUGCAUCCAGUGUUGUCCUGCUACAAAACCAUUUUUAUUUCUCAUUUUAUGUUACAAAUGGCCACAUUGUUUGAAAGCAUUUUUGUAAUUUUUGAAAGCAAACUGUGGGUAAACUUUGAUGUUUACAGGUUUUUGUGAUUAUACUAUCGAUAACGUAAAUCUAGAUCCGAGAUAUUGUAAAAAAUACUAUUGUCGUAAAUAACCGACUUGAUUGAAAUUUUAAAUACAAUUAAAAUAUUAAAUGAUAAUUGUUAAAUAUUGGCGUCAUAAAGUUAACCAGUUAAUGCUAAAAAAUUAACCAUUAAUUACAAUAAAGUAAUACUAUAUUCGUAUAUGUUUAUGACAACAAGCUAUUAGAAAUUAAAUUUCUAUUUAUUAUGUCAGUAUAAUUCUACAUUCUCUGAAAAUACUACAAUAACAAUACUAAGAAAAGCAAAUGAUCGCCAAAAUCAUGUUCCACAUUAAAUGUAGAAACAACACUUACCCUAAAACAGAUGGAAAAAUUGUUCGAUUUCAUGUACCAGAUGAUAAAGUUAGUUGGAAUUCCCUAUAUUCUAUCUAUAAUCCAACAUCAUUUACAUCUACAUGUGUUGUUGGUCAACCAUGGGCUGAUUUAGAUUUGAGUAUGCUUGACUUCAAACCCAGUUGGAAUACUAUUGAUGGUUAUGUUAAUAGAAUUAGUUCGACUGGGAUAUAUGAAAUUAAAAAUGGCUAUCCUCUAAACCCUUGUGGUCGAACUGGUAUAAUUGGCCGUGGAGUUCUUGGACGUUGGGGCCCAAAUCAUGCUGCUGAUCCAAUUGUUACUCGUUGGAAAAAAUCUAAUAAUGAAUAUGUAUUUGAUAAAAACAGUGGUAAACCUAUUCUUCAAUUUGUUGCUAUUCAAAGAAAAGAUUCCGGUGAAUGGGCAUUACCUGGCGGUAUGGUUGAUUCUGGAGAAGUAAUUUCAACCACUUUAAAGAGAGAAUUCAUGGAAGAAGCUAUGGAUGUAUUGCAAAAAUCUGAAGAAGAUGUUAUAAAAAUAAAAAAAGAAAUAGAGAAAAUAUUUAAUGAAGGCAUAGAAGUUUAUUGUGGAUAUGUUGAUGAUCCUAGAAACACUGAUAAUGCUUGGAUGGAAACCAUUGCAACUCUUUUUCACGAUGAGAAAGGAGAUAAUGUAGGAAUAUUAAAACUUCAUGCAGGAGAUGAUGCAGUUGGAGUAAAAUGGGUUGAUUUGGAUAGAAAUCUGAAAUUAUAUGCAAAUCAUAUAUCAUUUUUAGAAGAAAUUGCUAUCAGAUUAAAAUGUCAUUGGUGAACUAAUUGAAUUCAUAUUCUUAUGUUAUUAAUACUUACAUAUUACAUAGUUAAUAAUAUUUUGAAUGUUUUUGAAAAUAGUUUUUGCACAAUU